AGUCAGCCGUCUCCCUUCCUCCCAUUCUGAGUAACUCCAUGUGAACUUGAUAAGGCACGAGGAGAAACUGGGUCUGUCGACGUCAGCUUCAUCUGAUUCAGAGCAACAUGGCGGAGGUGAGCGGGCUGAGGAAUCGGAAUCAUUUUGAAACAAACUGCAAAAGCCGCGUAUUUGACAAAGGUGUGAGUGGGGUAGAGGAUGUCCCAAUGAUGCACCCAGACAAUAAGCCUCCCCUGGCCGUGCCUGAGGAUGCCAGGGAGGAGGAGACCGAUGAACCCCAGGAUCUGUACUCGGAUCCAGGCUUAGACACUGACCGGCCUUCCCCGGAGGAACCAGAGCCUGUGGUCGAGGAGGAGGAGGAGAAAGCCCGGCCCAUCCAGAUAGUUCUGGCCCACGAGGACGACCACAACUUUGAGCUGGAUGUUGUAGCGCUGGAGAAGCUGCUUCUGCAAGACGAGAUCAAGGAUCUGAACGUGGUGGUGGUGUCUGUAGCCGGAGCCUUCCGGAAGGGCAAGUCCUUCCUGCUGGACUUCAUGCUGCGCUACAUGCACAACCAGCAGCACUUGGACCAGUGGAUGGGGGGGGAUGAUGAGCCCCUGACAGGCUUCAGCUGGAGGGGGGGCUGUGAGAGGGAGACCACCGGCAUCCAGGUCUGGAGCGAAGUGUUUGUGGUGCCCAAGCCAGACGGCAGCAAGGUUGCAGUUCUACUAGCCGACACCCAGGGGGCGUUUGACAGCCAGUCAACCAUCAAGGACUGUGCGACUGUGUUUGCUCUCAGCACCAUGACCAGCUCAGUACAGGUAUAUAACCUGUCUCAUAACAUACAAGAGGAUGACCUGCAGCACCUCCAGCUCUUCACAGAAUAUGGACGUCUGGCUAUGGAGGAGAUCUACCUGAAACCCUUCCAGUCUCUGAUGUUCCUGAUCCGGGACUGGUGCUACCCCUACGAACACAACUAUGGCCUGCAGGGGGGGAACCACUUCCUGGAGAGGAGACUGCAGGUGAAGCAGAACCAGCACGAGGAGCUGCAGAACGUCAGGAAGCACAUCCACUCCUGCUUCAGCAACAUCGGCUGCUUCCUGCUCCCCCACCCGGGCCUCAGGGUGGCCACCAACCCGAACUUCGACGGCAGGCUCAAAGAUAUUGACCCGGACUUCAAGCAGGAGCUGGCCGACCUGGUGCCCCUGCUGCUGGCCCCUGAGAGGCUGGUGGAGAAGGAGAUCGGAGGGGUUAAGGUCACCUGCAGAGACCUGGUGGAGUACUUCAAGGCCUACAUCAAGAUCUACCAAGGGGAGGAGCUCCCCCAUCCCAAGUCCAUGCUGCAGGCAACAGCAGAAGCCAACAACCUGACGGCAGUGGCCGGAGCCAAAGACUCGUACAACAGGAACAUGGAAAUGGUCUGCGGAGGGGACAAGCCCUACAUCGCCCCUGCCGACCUGGAGCGUUGCCACGACGACUUCAGGGAAUGCUCCGUGCGCCAGUUCCGGGCCGUCAAGAAGAUGGGCGGCGAGGACUUCUGCCUGCGCUACCAGCAACAGCUGGAGGGCGAGUUGGACGAGGUCUACGCCAACUUCACCAAGCACAACGACGGCAAGAACAUCUUCUACGCCGCGCGCACGCCCGCCAUGCUCUUCGCGGUCAUGUUGGUCACCUACGUGGUGUCCGGGGUGACGGGCUUCGUGGGGCUCAGCACCCUGGCGGCGCUGGCUAACUUGGUGAUGGGGUUGGCUCUCAUGGCGCUGUCCACCUGGGCCUACGUCAAGUAUUCCGGAGAGUUCCGGGAGCUGGGGACCCUCAUCGACCUGGUGGCUGAGACCCUCUGGGAACAGGUGUUGAAGCCCCUGAGUGAACACUAUAUGGAGGACAACGUGAGGCAGACUGUGGUGAACUCUCUCAAAGCCAGCCUGACAGAGCAGGCUCCGCAGCGCGCCAAGUUAAAGUCCCGCUGAUUCUCUCCCCCAUCCCCCUCACUCACUCGCCCAAUCACUCAGUGUGCUAAGUCCAAGAGCUGUGGAACUGUUCAAAACCAAAGUUGAGUCCCCGUCCCCCCCAAUCCCUUUGGCCCUCUCUGUCUGCUGUAGUACUGCGAAGACUGCUGGCUGCUCUGCUCCACAUCGCCCCCCAGUGGCUGAAAGGAUGAUCAGCAAGCAAUGAAAGGGGAAGUCAUUAUCUGCAGCUCUGGUCUGCUGUCUCAUUCUCUCUGUCUCUGUCUCUGUAUUUGGCCUUUACCAAAAUCUGCCCUACUUAUACUCUUGAAUGUGCCAUGUUGUUUAAGCACCUGCAAAUGCUAGCCAUCGCGUACGUGCACACACACCCACACACGCACAACCUUCUGUCAGGAUCGUAAGUGAUAUGAAAUGGAACGUCAGGGAUUCAGGACAAAUCAGCGUCUGUCACAUCGAGUUAAGAGCAAAUUGCACUUAUUUGGGUGUCAGCAGUACUUCAGGGAUUAAAAACGGCUGUUUAAUAGUUGUGACAAUGGAUGCAAACCGAAUCUGUCGGCAUGUGUACUGUACCCAAGUUAACCUGUUCUGAAACAGCCCCCUUGCCACCCUACCUAGAAUAGAUCUGAGAAGAGCCUAAAGCAAGAUAGUUUACCUUCAGAUGGACUGGGAGGAAUGUCCUGCACCAUAUCAUGCCUUCUGCUGGAUCCAAUUGAGUCUCUUGUCCAGAGGAACUAGGGCCUGUUUCUGAACGGGCCAUCUGAGUCGAUGCUCUCUCUCUCUCAUUCUGUCUAUUGAAAAGAGAUGAACCGUAGAAAACAAACUUGUGGUCUGUAAUUGUUUAGGAUUCUGUUUUUGUUGUUGACAACUGAUCCUGCAUCUUAGCUGUAGUGUACCUACCAGUAUUCCCCCUCUGCUCCCUGUUGAUAGCUGGAGUACGUAGCGUAGAACGAGCCAGGCUCCAGGGCUCAGCUUCUGGAACAGGGGAAUGGUCUUCUGACCCUUUCACUCAUUUGCUUUUUCUUUAAAACCCACAAUUUUGAAGUGGUAGAGACCAGAGAUUACAAUGCUUCUUUUUUUGAAUCUUCACUAAUGGUAAUAUCAUGUAAGAGUACACUGUAGAAUCAGUUCCAUCCACAACUGUCUUUGCCUUGAAAGAGCCAGUCUGUACAGUCUCAUUUUAUAUGUAUAUCACAAAUAAGGCAUGUAUGUGACAUAUUUAAUACAAUUUGUAUACAUUUUAUAGUGAAAUUGUUGACCUGACUUGAAUUCAUUUUUUUUUUUUGACCAGCUAGAAUUAGGGUUUGGUUUGUUAUAGGAUUGUUCCCAAAUAAGGAUUAGUUCUAGUCUGUUAUGGUUAAAACAAUUCAAGAUUUGUAGCCCUUGUAUUCCACCUUUUGGACAACAAAGCUUUUCUGGAAUGUGAUCUAUGGGUUGAGAUGUUUUGUCUGUCUGAUUUUAAAUCCAUUUCCUGUAAUUUAUUUUUCAAUAAAGAACUUUUGAGCUUAUUGAAUAAAAAUGAAAAUAUUCACGUGA